AACAGCCCUAUAGUCCUGUGCGCCGGCGGAAGCCGCCUCUUUUUUCGCCAGAGCGGCGCGGCUCAAGAUGGCGGUACAGAUCUCCAAGAAGCGAAAGUUUGUGGCUGAUGGCAUCUUCAAAGCCGAACUGAACGAGUUUUUGACUCGGGAGCUGGCUGAAGAUGGCUACUCCGGGGUGGAGGUCCGCGUUACCCCAACCAGGACCGAAAUCAUCAUCCUUGCUACCAGAACUCAGAACGUUUUGGGAGAGAAAGGACGCCGGAUUCGCGAGCUGACGGCCGUGGUUCAGAAGCGAUUUGGCUUCCCGGAGGCCAGUGUGGAGCUCUAUGCCGAGAAAGUGGCCACCCGAGGAUUGUGCGCCAUCGCCCAAGCCGAAUCCCUGCGGUAUAAGCUUCUGGGAGGCCUUGCCGUGCGUAGGGCGUGUUACGGCGUCCUCCGUUUCAUCAUGGAAAGCGGAGCCAAGGGUUGCGAAGUGGUUGUGUCGGGCAAACUCCGUGGCCAGCGCGCCAAGUCCAUGAAGUUUGUGGAUGGGUUGAUGAUCCACAGCGGGGACCCCGUCAACUACUACGUGGACACUGCCGUGCGCCACGUCCUCCUCAGGCAGGGUGUGCUGGGUAUUAAGGUGAAGAUCAUGUUGCCCUGGGAUCCCAGUGGGAAGAUUGGGCCCAAGAAGCCCCUGCCGGACCACGUCAGCAUCGUGGAGCCCAAAGAAGAGAUUCUGCCCACCACCCCCAUCUCGGAGCAGAAGGGCACCAAGCCGGAGCAGCAGCCUCCCAUGCCCCAGCCUGUGCCCACGGCGUAAGAGGUUUUUGAUUUAAAACCUUGAAGUUCUAUAGAAAAACCAAACAUCUCUUAAUAAAAAUUUU